AUGGCGGAGGCGGCGCAGAGCCGGGUGCAGGCGGCGGUGGAGAGCGCGGUGCAGGGGCUGGAGCGGGAGCGCAUCCGCGGCAUGCAGGGCGCCAUGUUCCGGUGCAGCGCGCGGUGCUGCGAGGACGGCACGGCCUCCAUGCAGGAGGUGCAGCGCUGCAUCGAGCGGUGCCACGCGCCGCUGGCCCAGGCCCAGGCCAUCGUCACCGCCGAGCUGGAGCACUUCCAGGACCGCCUGAGCCGCUGCACCCUGCACUGCAACGACAAGGCGAAGGACGCGCUGGAGGCGGGGGGCACGGAGGCGCGGGUGCGGGGCCAGCUCGACGCCUGCCUGGCCGCCUGCGGGGACGACCACCUGCGCCUCGUCCCCGCCAUGGCCAAGAAGAUGAAGGACAGCCUGGCCGCCCUCCGGCAGUAG